CAGCAUCUCCAGAGGAAAGAUCGUUUUGUGUAGAAAUAAGUGAUUUCCAGAGGACAGCCCCAAUGACAGAACUGUCUGCACAUUUACCCCAGUUUCAGCACGGGCAGCUGACAGAAAACUUCCCCGAUAACCACCUCAGCAACACCAAUGACAACAGCGUAAGGCGUCGCCAUGAUAACAGUGAGCGCAGAAGAAAUGACAAUCCCGAGUCUGAGACCAAUGGGCAGCCACAGAACAACAUUCAGCAAGUGGUGGAACAAGACGAAGAAGAAGAUGAGGAGCUGACGCUGAAAUAUGGGGCGAAACAUGUGAUUAUGUUGUUUGUACCUGUCACACUUUGCAUGGUGGUCGUUGUUGCAACCAUCAAGUCUGUCAGCUUUUAUACACGCAAGGAUGGACAACUCAUCUACACUCCCUUCACAGAAGAGACGGAGACGGUAGGACAGAGAGCCCUGAAUUCAAUUCUCAAUGCCGCCAUCAUGAUCAGCGUUAUCAUUGUUAUGACCAUACUCCUGGUUGUGCUUUACAAAUACAGGUGCUACAAGGUGAUCCAUGGCUGGCUUAUCAUUUCUUCUCUCUUGCUGCUUUUCUUUUUCUCAUUCAUCUACCUGGGAGAGGUUUUUAAGACCUAUAACGUUUCCAUGGACUACAUUACAGUGGCCCUCAUGAUCUGGAACUUUGGUGUUGUGGGAAUGAUUUGUAUUCACUGGAAAGGUCCGCUUCGGCUCCAGCAGGCGUAUCUCAUUAUGAUAAGCGCUCUCAUGGCCUUGGUGUUCAUUAAGUACCUUCCUGAAUGGACUGCGUGGCUUAUCCUGGCUGUCAUUUCAGUGUACGAUUUGAUUGCUGUCCUGUGUCCUAAAGGUCCUCUUCGUAUGCUUGUUGAAACAGCUCAAGAGAGAAAUGAAACUCUCUUCCCAGCACUUAUUUACUCCUCAACGAUGAUAUGGCUAGUGAACAUGGCUGAGGAAGGUAAAGAAGCCCAACGGAAAGCUUCCAAAAACUCCACUUACGAUAAACAAGCUCCGGCAAACCAGACUCAGAAUGAAGACGCUGAAGCAGAUGACGGUGGCUUUAGUCAGGAAUGGCAGCAACAAAGAGACAAUAGAAUAGGACCCAUUGAAUCCACACCUGAAUCGCGUGCUGCUGUCCAGGCUCUACCCAGUAACUCUCAAACCAGUGAAGACCCCGAAGAACGAGGAGUAAAGCUAGGCUUAGGAGACUUCAUUUUCUACAGUGUCCUUGUUGGCAAAGCCUCUGCAACAGCAAGUGGGGACUGGAAUACAACUUUAGCAUGUUUCGUCGCCAUAUUAAUUGGUCUGUGCCUUACACUUCUGCUUCUUGCCAUCUUUAAGAAGGCCUUACCAGCGCUUCCAAUCUCCAUAACCUUUGGGCUAGUUUUUUACUUUGCUACAGACAACUUGGUGCAACCCUUUAUGGACCAGCUAGCGUUCCAUCAGUUUUAUAUCUAGAACACUUGAUGCUGGUAUUCUGUGGAUAUCUGUAGUGAACCUGGAAGGAGGAAAAAUGUUUUUCCCUCAGUUCUCAAGUGAGACUGAAGUUUAAUAAACAAGAUUCCAAGCCUGAAUCAUUACAACGUCGUCUGAUGGCUUCUGGCUUUUGCUGGUUGUUGGGGUUUUUUUGUUCCUGAGACAACUGCUGCACUGGGCACCAUAUAAUUUUUCCUGUGUGAAAGUGGCUUCUUCCUGAUGGCUGGUCUAAACCGGGUGCUAUUAUAUCAGAGGUACUCUGAUAUACAUAUCUCUGGUAAGGACCACCUGUGUGAAAAUAGCUAAUGCUUCCACCAGCAAUGUGAUCUCUUACCACAGGUUGA